AUGAAUGAAAAAUCAUUGAGGGUCAAUAGUACUGUUAGCGAUAAUGGAAAAGAAUAUGGGAAAACUCUAACGAAGGAUGUGUUGAAAGGGCGGAUUGCAGCCAUCGAUACAGAUACUUGCGCUGCUGGGGAUGAAGAUUCAUUCUUCGUGGCUGACAUGGGUGAGGUCUAUCGACAACACCUACGCUGGAAGAUGAAUUUGAAGAGGGUCAAGCCCCACUACGCUGUCAAGUGCAACCCGGACCCAGAGGUCCUUCGUCUACUUGCGGGAUUAGGCACCGGUUUUGACUGUGCAUCCAAGUCAGAAAUUGAACAGGUCCUCAAUCUCGGUGUCGAUCCAUCCAGGAUUAUCUACGCUCAGCCAUGCAAGACCAAGUCAUAUGUGCGCUUUGCAUUUGAGUGUGGGGUGAAGCAGAUGACGUUCGACAAUUCAGACGAGCUCUACAAGAUUAAGAGGUUCUUUCCAGAUGCAGAGCUGUUUCUCCGCAUCUUGACAGACGACUCAGCAAGCUUGUGUCGACUCAGCGAUAAAUUUGGGGCCUCCUUAGACACAACCCUAGACCUUUUGACUUUGGCGAAGGAUCUGGAAUUGAAUGUCACUGGUGUCAGCUUCCACGUCGGUUCUGGAGCUUCUGACCCUCAAUCUUUCGACAAAGCUGUUCGAGACGCUCGUAUUGUAUUUGAUCAAGCCGCGGACGUUGGCUACAACCUCAAGACUCUGGAUGUAGGCGGAGGCUUUUCUGGAGAUCUCUUUGAGUCCAUGGCCGAUGUCUUGAGCAAAGCCCUCGAUGAAAACUUUCCAACGAGUGUGCGCAUCAUUGGGGAACCUGGCCGCUACUACGUCGCCUCCGCAUUCACCUUGGCCUGCAACAUCAUCGCUCGCCGCGAUUUCCAGGAUCCCGCUACAAUGGAGACUAAUUACAUGCUCUACCUCAACGACGGUGUCUACGGCAACUUCUCAAGUCUCAUAUUCGACCAUCAGAUCGCGUCUCCUCGCAUCCUGAGCAAGCGUGAUAGGUCCAAUCGCAGCACUGAGUACUCGCUCUGGGGUCCAUCUUGUGAUGGAAUUGACCGAGUUACGGAGACUUGUACCCUUCAUGGGGUCCUAGACGUGGGUGAUUGGCUGUACUUUGAGGAAAUGGGUGCCUACACCAAGUGUAGCACUACAAAAUUCAAUGGGUUUACAGAUAACCAUGAUGUUCUUUAUGUCUCGAGCGAGCCCGGAGCUUCGGCUUUGCUGAACUACUGA